UGUGUCCUGUAGUCUGCUGCGGCAUAUAUUGAAAAGCAACAAUCUACUGCACAAACGCUUGAGACCCAAAAAGAAGCUUUGCCGCGCUGCUUGUUAUCAAUCCAACACUUGAGAAACGAUGAAGAGGACAGCACAAGAUGAAUCAGCAUCAGCACCAGAAGAGAAGAAAGCAAGUGGUGCUUCUCCUGCCAAAAGAGGGCGUGGCAGACCUAGGAAGCCAGACUCUGAAAAGAAAACCAAGCCACCUAGCAGUGGAAAGCCAAGAGGCAGACCAAAGAAAAUUGAGCAGGAAAUAAAGAAAGCAGCAACACCAGCUAAAGCAGGAAAAGCAAAAGGACGGGGAAGACCACCAAAGUCAAAAAAAGCUGAAUAACUCUAUUCCAUCUGGACCAUUCUGACCUCACAUGAUCCAUCACAUCAUCACAUGACCUUUCAUGUCGAAGCUACGUUGUCAUGGUUAUUCAACAUUGCUGUCGUCACUGCAUGCAUGUUCAUCACCUCAUAUUCAAGAUUAGUUUUUAAUGAUUUGUAAACACUGUGGUCAAAUAACAUUUUCAUACUCAUUUAUAAUGUUUAUAUUGUCAUGCAAAUGUAAACUCAUUAUUGUCUGUCAUUUUUCAUAUUUCACUUAAAAAGAUGUAGAAGCUGGGAUCACUUUGCAGAUCUUUAAAAUAUGUCGGGGAUUAAAGUAUCUGGAUACCUUUUUCUUAUAUACAUUGAUAAAUAAACUGAAUUCAGUACAGUUUAUAGCAGAUUUGAGGAUUUGUUUUCAAAGCUUGUUAAAUAAAAUGUGUUGCUGGUUAAAGUAACUAGAAUAUAAUAGCCAUUUUGGGCUUAUUUCCAGAAUUUUGCAACCCAAUAGUUGACUAAAUGUAGGAAUAAUAGUACAAGUAAUAAGAGUAAGGAAACAAUUGGUCUGCUUCACAACUGAAGUGAAUCACUGUGGGCCAGAAAGAAGUGUUAUGUGGGUGUUAAGAAAAAUCCUUAUUCUGUCUUGGUCUGCACUUAUUAUGUUGGUUUGGUGGUGCUUGUAUGGCCAAGGUGGGAGAUUUUAACAAAUAUAAGCUACCUGAUCAUGUAGGGAUGGGAGUAAAUUGUCUGUUUAAUUUUUUAUCUUUUAUUAAAGAAUGUACUGUCCAAAUUAAUUUUGUGUGUAUACAUGCAGUGGAAGUGCCAGAAAACAGCAGACGUUUUCUUCAGGUUUGGUCCAACUACAAGACGCUGGCUACAUAUUCUCUCCAGCUGUCUGCAGCCUCAGAUUUUCAGUGUGUUUACAUUGACUGAUAUUUUUCUCUAGUUUUAUAGGUAGAAAGAAUAAUCAUCUCUCAUUACACUACAUUGAUGUUGAAAAGAAUUUGUGCUAGUUAUUUUUUGCCACUUGUACAUCUUUUUAUAGCACCCCUCUAUAACAUUGAUAUAUAGUAGUCCAUUUUCCAGGUUGGGAUACCAUGUGUAUAGUGAGGAUGAAUACGUAUACUUCACAGCAAUGUUUGAUAUUAAUACAAACUUGCCUAUUUUUAUGGGUUUCUUUUUCUUGUACAUGUAUGUGAUUCUCACUAUUGUAUUCCAUAAAGCUAUCAUGAGUUCCAAACAUUUUGAACCUGGUUAAAUGCCUUUAUUCAAAGUGAGAUUGCAAAUAUUCAUAGUUGAAAAAGAAAAGUCAUUGUAAAUAGCCGCUGUUGAGCUUGUAUAAAAAUGCAUAGCAUUUGCUAUGUUACUAUGGAUAUAUUAUUCACAUGGUACCGGUGGUAGAAUAAAGCUUUCAUAUUGUAACAAAUGCACCUCGUAUAAAGAAUGUUUGGAAUUUUAAUUUAUUACUUUUCCCUAAAAUAUACCAGGAAAUAUUUUGCUUUUAAAUGUUUUUAUCUGUUCUGAAAGUGGCUUUUUUGUACUUUUUAGACUGUUUUAUCAGUUUUAUUGAAUACAUUAUCACGAAAGUAAAACACAUAAUCAUUUAUAAAUCAAGUAUUUAAUGCUUUAUAGAUUACUGCACAUUAUUUAAAACAGGUUAACACAUUUUUACGUGUUGUGAAUGUUGUGCAUUAGUAGUCGAAAUGUGUAUCUUUGGAAGAAACAUGUUUGCUAUUUGUCUUUAUUUUCCAUGCCAGGCUAAAUAUUCUCUUUUUAUGGCUUACCUGUAAUCAGGAACACAUGUUUUCAUAGCAAUCUUUUAUACCUCUGAGAUUCCUUGUCCGUUGCAAAUGUUAAAACAAGAAAAAAAAGAAAAAAGAUGUAAUUGUAUAUUCUGUUUUAUUGUACAUUUUUAAAACUGACAAAAUGCUGCACUAACUUGGACUGGUCAUUAAGAAAUGUGUAUACAACAAAACUAUGUUACUGGAAUGUUGCUUUACUGAGGUGGAAGGGAAAUAGGAUGGUAAGUGGAUUGUGUGGGUGUGUUUGGAAUCAUCUCUGUGCUACUACUCCGUGGAUACCAGCUUUUUGUAAUGAAGUAGUGUCAUGUAUGGUUAGAAUGCUUAUCAUUCAUUUGUCCAUCUGAUUCUUCGGUCAUUCGGAUGAGAUGGCGAUUUAGUUGUUGUACUGUGUGUUUAGGAAUCAUGUUUCUGUCAUCUCUCUCUCUUUAGUUCCCCAUUCAUACAAGUUAAAAAUUUACACUUGGGUGUUUGUUUCUCCUGAUGUGUCAUUUUAUUAACUUAGUCCAGCUAAUUAUAUGUAUUGUAGUUUCCAGUGUCAAACCCUGAAAAGCAAUGAAUUUAAUUUAUGUUCAAAAGAAAAUGUUUUAAUUUGAUAGGGUUCAGGUGUGAAAAUCAGUAUUAGAUAUUGGCAUUGUUGAUUAUACCCAGAGCAUGUCGGCUGUUUCAAAAGUGCACAUCUACUUGGUGUGUGUGGUUUUAAUAGUGUGCAUCAACAGCAUGUUUAGUUGAUGUUGUCAUUUGUCUGUCUAACACUGCCAUUUGUUUUAAUGUACAAUAAACAAUUUCAUACUA